AGGAACCAGAGCUCUAGCUGCCCUCCAGGAACCGAACUAUGAACUCCCUCUCCACAAGCACCCUCAGCCAAGUUGUCUUCUCCCUGGGGCUGCUCCUGGUGAUGGCUACUGCUUUCCCCACCCCAACCCAGCUGGGAGAAGAUUCCAAAGACGAUGCCACUCCAAAUAGACCACCACUCACCUCUCCACACAAAGCGGAAGAACUUAUUAAGUACAUUCUCGGCAAAAUCUCUGAAUUGAAAAAGGAGAUAUGUGACAAAUACGGCAAGUGUGGGAAAACACCCGAGGCACUGGCAGAAAACAACCUGAACCUUCCAACCAUGUCAGGAAAAGACGGAUGCUUCCAACUUGGCUUCAAUCAGGAAACUUGCCUGAUGAGAAUCACCACUGGUCUUUUGGAGUUUCAGAACUCCCUGGAGUACCUGAAGAAUUUUGAGGGUUAUAAGGAAAAGGUUGACGUUGUGCAGAUGGCUAUCAAAGCCCUAGUCGAAAUCCUGAAGCAAAAGAUUAAGAAUCCAGAUAAAGUAACCACCCCUGACCCAAGCGCAGAUGCCACCCUGCUGACUAAGCAGCCACAGACCGACUGGCUGAAGAAUACAACUGCUCACCUCAUCCUGCAAAGCCUUGAGAAAUUCAUGGAGUCCAGUCUGAGGGCUGUUCGGAAUUAAGUAGCCCGAGCAUCUAAAAAUCAGUGUUAAUUCUGGGGCAUUCCUUCCUCUGGUCAGAAACCUGUCCAUUGGGCACAUAACUUAUGUUGUUCUCUAUGGAGAACUAAAAGUAUGAGCAUUAGGACACUAUUUUAAUUAUUUUUAAUUUAUUGAUAUUUAACUAUGUGAAGUUGAGUUAAUUUAUAUAAGGGAUAUUUAUAUUUUUAUGAAGUGCCACUUGAAAUAUUUUAUGUAUUAGUUUUGAAAUAUUAACAUAAAAUGGCUAUGCAAGUCAAAUAUCAUUGUUUCAGAGCCAAAUCAUUUCAUGGAAUGUGUAGGCUUACCUCAAAUAAAUCCCUAACUUAUACGUAUUUUUUAAAG